AUGUCUCUUCUUCGUCACACUGCCCGCCGCUCCUUCAAUGUGGCCUUGACUUACAACACCCCCGCUGUCGCCAGACUGCCUCUCUUUGCACGCACAAUCUCCAGCCAAGCACCUCUGUUCAAUCAGAAAGAGGUGAUCAAGCAUGCACCUGGCUGGAAGCAGGAGAAUGCAUCUGCCAGCGAGGCCACCGUCAAGGCCGAUCGUGAGCCCCACCCUAAGAACAUGAAAGAUCUUCAGGACGAGACCGUCGAGCACCUGACGAGCGACAGCACACAUGCUGUACAUGAUCUCAAGAACGAGGCUGAGUCCAUGGGCAAGAAGGCCGCAGCCGCAGGCGAGCGCAUGACUGAGAACCUGUCGGGAAAUAGCAAGGAGUAUGCCGAUAUGGCCAAGAACGCAGGCGAGCGCAUUAGUAAGAACCUGUCAGGAAAUAGCAAGGAGUAUGCUGACAAGGCCAAGGCCGUAGGCGAGCGCGUGACUGAGAACCUUUCCGGUAGUACUAAGGAGUAUGCUGACAAGGCCGUGGCCAUGGGCGAGAAUAUGUCCAAGAACAGCCAAGAGUAUGUCGACAAGGCUAAAGCUGCUGGCGAGCAUGCAGCCAAGCAAACUAUGGAGUAUGCUGGCGAGGCCAAGAAGGAGGCCCAGCAGACGGGUGAGAGCAUGUUGGGCGGUGUCAAAUCCGGAGCCGAGAAGGUCACCCAGUUUGUCAAGGAGUCCGUGGACUCAGCCAAGAAGGCCGUUGGCAUGGACAAGUAG